AUGUUCAAAAUAGCACUUCUUUGUUACUUAAUUACUUUAUCAUUCGCGACAGCCUUAGAUGAAGAUGACAUAUUCAGAAUAAAAACGUUAGUUCGUGAGGGUUACGAAGAAGAUUUAACGAUCCCACCAGAUCCAUCAUUCAAAGUAUCAACUUCCGACAUCAAUCUUUACUUUUAUACGAGAUACAAUUACUCACCAAUCAAAAUUCCGACGCAUAAUACGGAUUUAUCAGAAACUAUUCAUUACGAUCCAAGCAAAAAGCACGUUUUUAUCAUUCACGGUUGGAAAUGUAAUCACGAAAGCGAUAUAAAUAACAAAAUUCGGAAUGCUGUUUUAAGGAAAGAAGAUGUCAAUGUUUUCGUUGUUGAUUGGAGCAAACCGGCGGGGGGAUUAUAUGUGUUAGCAACGUUUUCUGUUCCAAAAAUAGGAAAAAUUGUGGGGGAUUAUAUCAAUCAAAUGAUCACUUUGUAUCAAAUCCCUAAAUCUCAGUUCUACCUAAUCGGUCAUAGUUUAGGCGCGCAUAUCGCAGGCUGUAUCGGAGCAAACGUCCAAGGGCUUCAUUCCAUAGUUGGUUUGGAUCCAGCAGGACCCUUAUUUACCAUCUCAAACACCGAUAACCGCUUAGAUCGAAGUGAUGCAGAGUUCGUUCAUGUCAUCCACACCAACGCCAAACACUUAGGGUUUAGCUCACCAAUUGGACAUGCCGAUUAUUAUCCUGAUGGAGGGGAAAAACAACAUGACUGUGGUUUAGAUAUAUUCGGAACAUGUUCUCAUAGCAAAUCUUAUGAAAUUUAUGCCCUUUCAAUUUAUCAAGAAAAUUAUGUCGCCACACAAUGUGACAGUUACAAAAACUACCAACAACAUCAAUGUGAUGAAAACUCAAAAUCAUUAAUGGGAGGAUUCGAUGUUGAUAGAAGUGCAUCAGGACAAUAUUAUUUGAGUAUGGAAUCUAAUUAA